AUGAAUGCAGACAAAACAGAUGACCCUGUAGAAGAUGACGAUCAAAGCAAUAAUGAACCGAUUGAUGAUGAAAGCCAAAACAAUUUACAAGAUGAUAUUCAAGAUGCCAAUGAACAAAUGGACGGUGUUGAUGUACAAGGUGAUGAUCCAGAUGCCAAUGACCCAAUCGAUGAAGACGAAAAUGAGGGAAAAGUUGACGAGCCAGGUGAAGAUGAAAAAAGGAAUGUUAAUUACACGGGCGUCCCCGAUAAUACUGUAAAACAUGGGGAAAAUGGUGAUAUGAUUAAAAAUAUAGACAUGCAUGAUUUAACAAAUGAAAAUCAGAAUGAAAUGCGACCUACGUCACUUGAUAAAACGUAUCAGAUACCAGCUUUCAAAUUAAGCCUGGCUGAAAUGAAAAAGUUUAAAAUGUGGCCUGAAGCUAAAGUACCGUACUUCAUCGACGAGUUUUCUUAUGACAAAGUUCUUCGAGACAAAAUCCGCGGCUACCUAGACUAUGCGCAACGUCGUACAAAUAUAGAGUUUGACGAGCUUACUGAGCCGCCGAAGGAUGAAAAUGAAAGAUGGGUCUUUUUCGUCAAUCGAAGAGGACAAUUAGACUGCAAGGACUAUUCCACUAAAUCCUUCACAAAUAGUGGAGUCCAGAAAGUGACAGUUGGCUACGAUUGCCUCAGACACGGCGGACCGAUGGCGGCAAUAGUUUUGGCAUUGUUGGGCGUGCCGCCUCAACACAACUCGCCGGAUUGUCGUAAAUACAUUACCGUUUACGGGAGCAAUAUUCUACCAGACAAGUCGGGUUUAUUCAAGUUGUUAGGGAAUGACGAGUGGCUGUUCCACGAUUUUCAUUAUGACUAUAAUAGUGCAGGCCACUACCCGGCACAUAAAUACACUGCAAAUGGAGACAGAACUAUAGAUAUAAGUGAUAAAUACAAGACAGUGAGUAUAUUAAACUAA